CUAUUGCCAUCAGACUCGUCAUUGUUAUUUCCUCUUUUUCAGCCUACAAGGAGAAAAUGAAGGAGCUAUCUCUGCUCUCCCUCAUCUGCUCCUGUUUCCACACCCAGCCACAUCCCAACACCAUCUACCAGUAUGGAGAUAUGGAGGUGAAGCAGCUGGAUAAGAGGGCAUCUGGCCAGAGCUUCGAGGUGAUCCUGAAGUCUCCUUCAGAUUUAUCUCCCGAGAGCCCCAUCCUUUCCUCUCCCCCCAAGAAGAAGGACCUGUCCCUGGAGGAGCUGCAGAGGAGGCUGGAGGCUGCAGAGGAGAGGAGGAAGACCCAGGAGGCACAAGUGCUGAAGCAGCUGGCGGAGAAACGGGAGCAUGAGCGGGAGGUGCUGCACAAGGCACUGGAGGAGAACAACAAUUUCAGCCGCCUGGCUGAGGAGAAGCUCAACUACAAGAUGGAGCUGAGCCGGGAGAUCCGCGAGGCGCACCUGGCUGCCCUGCGGGAGCGGCUGCGCGAGAAGGAGCUGCACGCAGCUGAAGUCCGCAGGAACAAGGAACAGCGGGAGGAGAUCUCUGGAUAAAGGGCUUUUCUACACAUCUAGCACCUGAUUCCUGUUAACAAACCGACCGACCGACACGUUUUAUUUUGUUUGUCUAGAUGCAGCGUUUGGUUCUCCAUUCCCCCCCCCCAUCCCCUGGUGUUCUUCCCCCAGCAACACGCUUCUCUGUCUGCAUCCUUAAUCGUUCGGUGCUUGUGGGGAGUCACAGGUCAUAGGGACCUCUCAGCAGAAUAGCAGCUAGUUCACAUGAAAUAGAGAUCAGUCAAUCAAACAGCUUCUUUGGAGGGUUUGUCCUUUUUUCUUUUUAAAAAAAUAUUUCUUAAAUUCAUGUAAAAAUUGAGAUAUUAAUAAAUUCAACCAGCAGUGUCACAGAGAUACAGAAUUCUUAUCUGGGGGCUUUUACUACUCUUGGUGUUUGCUCUGAGCUAAGUAUCAGGAUAAUAAGGAGCGAUCAUUUUUGUACGUAAGCAGAGCAAUGAGCAGAGUGUUAGUGGUGAGUACCAGGCUGGCUGCAUGGCACUGCCACGUGGCUCCCAGCCAUCCCUGCAGCCAGGGUAGGCAGCAACCCAACGUCCUUUUAUUGGGUGGAUCUUUGGUAGCCGCUGUGAAAAUAGGAGAGGGUCUCAGCACAGAGCUUGGUGCCAUGUCAUAUAAUGUCCCCAGUCCCAUCCUUGUCCCCAUCCCCAUC